AGUACGAAACUAUACGAGACCCUGAAAAUCAUACCUUCUUCUGAAUUUAGUACUUAAUAACAUAUUUUCUAUGGUAUUCAUCAAGACAUGGAUAAAAUUAUGAGUGAAAAUGUGGGUGAUUCUGCUAAAAAAAAUGAUGAGUAUUACCGAAAAAAGUACAAACGAUUGAGAAAAACAGUGAUAGAAAUUGUGCACCAGAAUGGUGCUUUGUGUGAAGAAAUUGCAAGAACCGAAGACAAGAUUUCCACUGUCAAAGCCGAAAGGAAAUAUCUUUUAAAAAAGCUUAUGCAAUAUGAAAAACCAAAUCUUAAUUCUUUGAAAUCAUCCAAGGGAAAUAAAUCUCAGAAAACAGCAAACACAAAAGUAAAAAAAUCUUCAAAAACAUUUGGUGAAGGUACAACGAAAACAGGUCAACAAAAAGCAAAAUGUACAAUGGUGAACCCUAUUCAAGUGGAUAAUAAUGGCCGGCCAAUUUUUCCCAUUGAGAUUGGGGAUUUAUCUGUGUACAGUAUAGGUGAAAUCGUUCAUGAUCGACCCAAUUAUCAUAACAGAAAAUUCAUCUUCCCUGUUGGUUAUUGUUCAACAAGAUCUUUUAACAGCAUUUCUUCUCCAGAAAGCGAGUGUCUGUAUACAUGUAAAAUAUUCGAUGACAGCAUAAACCCAAGAUUUGAGAUAUCUCCGGAAGAUGCACCAGAAAUAACAUUCUUAAGCCAAUCAAUAUCAGAAGUUUACGCUUCUUUUUUGUUAGCUGCUGCUCCUCAAAAUCCUGACAAUCUCACUUUGAGUGAGUAUGAUUUCUUCGGACUUUCUCAUCCCAUUAUACAAAACCUUAUUCAAAGUUUGCCUGGUGCAAGUGAAUGCUCGGGGUAUGAAUGGAAAAAAUUUGAAGUAGUGCGACCUGCCAAAUCAUCUCAGGCUGUCGCUGGUCAUCAAAACCUUAACGCUGAUUUGGUGAAAACUGGGAAAAGCAGAUCAAGACAAUCUGAUAUUAAUAUAGAGGCUUUGGAGAAAUGGGCAAGGGAUUUGUCAUAGCAUAAAAUAUUUUUUUAAUCUUUAUUGGUUUCCGUUUUGUCGAAAACAUUUGUGAAAAUAUUUGACAAAUGAGGAAGAAUAGCAUACAUUCUUUUAGGCAGUUUCAAAUUUUGCCCUUAAUAGCAGUCCUCUGUGUUGUGGGGUGACAGCUAAUAAUUUUACAAGGUUGUACAAAUUACUGUUGACUACAACUCUCUGCUCAAACUUUCACCACACCACCUUUUUUUGCACAAUUCUAAAAUAAAAUACUAUGACCUAAACAUUUUGUACUUUCAUAUUGUCGUGGGACUGUAGACUAAAAAAUGCGCCUAUUGUGUUGGACGUCAAUAAUGAAUGAUUCAAUAUACAGAUAAUAAAAGCAUGUUUUCUAGAAAACAAAUUAGAGCAAUAUUUAAUAUAAACGAAAGUGUCAGUGCAAAUACAAAUAUUUAAACUAUUCACAGUAUUAAAAUAUAAAAUCUCAUACUGCAGCAAGAAGUUGGAAAAUUUAUAAAACCAAAUAAGCAUCAUCUAUCACUAUAUUGGUUGGAUAUUCGCUAUGUGGGAAAUCGACACAACAUUGAGGAUUUAUGAAUUUAAUUGCAAGCCAUUUUAUUUAUUUCACGAUUCCAGGCAAGGAGUAAGUGCAUGACUACAGCAUGUGCAACUUUGGGAAUAUGAAAAAGUAUUUGAAUGAAUAUAGAUUUUGCGAAUACGCGAAAUAAAUUUUGCUACUUCAAAAAUGGUGA